GAGGCGAGCGAAGCUGCUGCGGGAGGGGCGGAGCAACUUACCGGUGGGAGGGUAUGGAUCCCGCCUAGCCGCUACCGCAGAUUGCUGCUGUUCUUGCAGACUUACCGGCACCGGCACCUACUGCCGUUCAGAUCUCCGAGUAACACAGAAGCUUAUCCAUCUUGUUUCUGCAAGUGAACAUUCUGGCAUUAUCUCCAAGUAAUUCAUUCAGUGGAGAGCUCCCACCUUCUUGGUAUCCUAUAGCAACACCAAAAUUCGGUUUUGCUAUUCUGCAAGCCUGGCAUUCUCUCCGGUAAAUUCAUUCAGUGACGAGACUCCACCCUCUUGGGAUAUUGUAAAAACACCAGUAUUCGGCCAACACCACGAUUGCUGGAUGAAGCACAUAUACAAGAUCAUCGCGGUGCUGGCGGCGAUCACCGCCGUCUGGGUUGCGCUUCUUGAAACCUCGACGGUUCCUCGCAGCUAUGCUUGGUUGCUUCCCAUCUACUUGGUAGUGGCGCUCGGGUGCUACGGCCUUUUUAUGGUUGGAUAUGGGCUCAUGUUCUUCCCAACGUGUCCUCAAGAAGCCGUGCUACUACAGCAGGACAUUGCGGAGGCUAAGGAAUUCUUAGCUAAGAAGGGCGUUGAUGUGGGCUCUGAGUGAGGUCAAUUCAAAUGAUCUUUGUUUUUGACCGCUUUGACGAUUCAUAUGAAGCUGCUCCUUCGUUGGAAUGUAGUGUUUAGAUACUGCCAUUAACAUAGUUUCGGUGAAAGACGUGUCACAAUUCUACUUCUGGUAGUUUUGGUGGACUUGUUAAUAGAGAGUGAACAAUGAAAUGAAUAGUUUGUUAACAAGUGCAUCAGU